UCCGGGGGUUUCUGUCCCAUUUGCGAUCUAUAAUCUGGAUCUCUAAAGCUGUGUUCACACUGAGCGGUUUUAUUUCGUUAAGUAAACUCAAAAUAGUGCAUGUUAAAAACGCAACAACAUGCACAGUGUGAACACAGCCUUAGCUACAAUGUAGGGAUCAGGAUGCUUCUCUGUAUCUGGCAGUAUUUUUACAGCAACUAUUUUAGAUAUUGGUUGAAAUGGUUCCUAAGGCAAAUAGAUGGCAAAUGUGAGCUGCAGAGGAUUUGUGAUGGGUCCAAGGAUGGUGCUCGAAGGACACACCGGAUAGAAUAUUCCUUGGAACACUCAAAAAGGAAGGUCCUGAGAUGUGCUAUCGAUAUUGCUGAAAAUGAAGUUGACAGAUAUGUAGCUGAUAUUGUACAAGAAAAGAAAGUAAAUGUGGAAAAAGAUAAAAGGUUUCAGAUAAACUUAAGGAUAUGCUUAUUACAGAUCUCUGGCUAUAAGAAGCUCUAUUUGGAUGUGGAGAGUGUAAGGAAGCAGCCAUAUGACUCCGACAAUCCUCAACAUGAGCAGCAGCUGUUGGAGCUUUGGGACUUACUAAUGCCUCAUGAGAAGCUGAAGUCUAGAAUCACAAAGCAGUGGGGGGACAUAGGCUUUCAAGGGGAUGAUCCAAAGACUGAUUUCCGUGGUAUGGGCUUUCUGGGACUGGCUAAUUUGUUGUAUUUUAGUAGAAAUUACACAGAAGAAUCUCGUUUAAUAUUGUCUCAUUCCAAUCAUCCAAAAAUUGGGUAUUCCUAUGCUAUUGUUGGCAUCAAUCUGACAGAAAUGGCAUACAGUUUACUCAAGAGCGGUGCUCUGAAGUCUCACUUCUAUAACAUGGUUCCUGGAUUCCCUGAGAUGAAAUGCUUUCAUCAGUUUUUUUGCUAUCUUUUGUAUGAAUUUGACAAGUUCUGGAUUAAAGAAGAACCUGAGAGUAUUAUGCAUUUCAACCAGUACAGAGAAAAAUUUCAUGAUCAGAUCAAGCACCUCCUCAGUGACCCAGAUGUCAUACUGACUCUUUAACGGCAUCAAAAAUCCUCAUAAUUUAUGUAUUCAAGGCUCUUGGUAUCUUGUAUUAUUUAAUGACAUUUUUCCAUGUAAUGUUGUGUUUGAUGUGAAUUUUUGUUUUACUAAGGCUAACUGACAAUCAGAUUCUAUGUAUAUUUGCACCAAAAGUGGUCUAAGUCAUUGUUAUCUAAAUGGGUUUGCCAUCAGUCCAGUGUUCACCUGUAAUUUCGUUCUCGCCUAAGGGCCUUUUACAUUGGCAAUUCUUGGCUGAAAGACUGAUUAUUGCCCCAUUUAAAAGACCAGCACUCAGCUGAAGAACAAGUAAGCCAUCAUUUAUUGGCUGAUUGCUGGGUUCUUGUAGCACUACAAAUCAUUAUUGUUUGGCUUUACAUCUCCCUUUUGUAAAGAGGGAAUGUGCAGCUGACAACCAUCAUUUGUGCGGCCCUGGGCACACAAUCAUUGAGCCAUGUAAAAGGCUCUUUAAAUUAGGCAUGUUUUUUUUUUUCAUAUAAAAGGCCCCUUUGUGGGUUAUAAUGUAAUAUCAUCCUUGUAGCUCAAUACAAUGCAUUUCUGUCACAUAAUCUUGAUGUCUUUAAUGCAUAUGAUGUAGAUUUUGCCCAGCAAAAUGUGUCAACUUAUCUUUGCUUACCACCUUUAUACUGAGCUUUUUUGUCAUAGUGUCCUACAUUGUUGCCUAGACCAUAAGUGUUUUAGAUGCGGUACUCAAGAAAGAUAUGUAUGUUUGCCACAGAUUUUUGUCUAUUCCCAUUAUCACUACCAGUCUCCAAGUUUUUUUUUGCAGUAGUUAUUGCAGUGUCAUCUGGAAUAGGGGAAGUUUCACUUAAAUCUUUCUCCUGACAGCAGGGGUUGCUGGGGCUUAACUGGUUGAUGGGGCUCGAACUGGUUGAUGGGUUGGUGGGGCUCGAACUGGUUGACUUACUGGUUCUGUGAAGCUGUCUAGGGCAAACAGUCUGAACCAGAGUUGCCCAUGGUUUUCCAUUACAGCACAGUUGAAGUCAAUAUAUAUAUAAUUUCAGAAGAUGAGUGUGUAUGAUAUUUCUCUUAAAUAAGUGGUUAUUUUCAGAAUUUGCUUUUAUGUUGUAAGUUUACAUUUCUUGGGCACAUACUUCAAACCCUUGGCAAUCUCUCAUGGUUGUGAUGCUGCUGAAAGCGAAGACCGUCUUUAACAAGCAAGAAGCAGAUCUUUAAUAAUAUGUUAAAGUAUUUUAAUGUGUUCAAUAGACCUUAACUGUCUAUAUCUAUAGCUUAAAAGGGUACUCUGCUGAUCAGCAUUUGAAACAAACUGUUCCGAA